AUGUCGCACAUCAACGCCACCGAGGUGACUUCCUCGCUGUUGCCUCACUGCCUCAACACAAGCGGUCUUCUUCCGCCGCCUGAGCACAACAACGCCGGCGCGCCGUCACGGGGGUCGACUCAGGCCGCGCUCUUCGUCCUCCUGGUGCUCGGCAUGUUCGGCUUCUUCUCCUUAGGCGUCAUGCUCAGUUUCAUCCGCUCCAGGAAGACGGAGAGUUCCCAGGACCCCUACCACCAGUACAUCGCCCGCGACUGGACCCGCGUCAGGACGCCGUGCGCGGCCGCCCAGGCUGCGGCGUCCGUGGUCAUCUGUAACCUAGCAACAGCAGGACAGGAGCAUGAAUAA